ACGCCACAUAAACUUGUGGCUCACAAACUUUCCCUCCUUUGCUGAUGUGGCAUUCCUCUCUUUUCUUUAUUUACCAACUAUGACUUCCAUCUUCCAACUCCCUCCUCCUCCUCCUCUCUCUUCCUCCUCCUCCACCACCACCGCGAUCACAGCUCCAAGAGAAUGUCGGGUUUUAAAGAUUCUACGAUAAAGCUCUUCGGCAAGACGAUUCCAUUGCCGCUUUUCCACCGCCCUCCACACUUGUCUUCUCCUAAUGAGUCUUCUUCAGCGGCAGCUGUUGGUCCUGUCCAGCUUCAGGACUCCUCCGAUGAGAAUCCCACUUCUUCUCCUGAAAAUACGUUUUCCAUGGAACAAGAAGCUCACCAAUGGAACAGGGAAUCCUCAGAAAAAGAUGCCACAGAUGAUAAACAGGAAGGUACUACAUCGGAUCAUGUAAUUGAGGACUCAAAAGAUCCAACAACAUCAUCAGACAUUAAUGAGAAAUUACUCAAGACUUGCUCAGCUGAGAGAGAAGCUUCACCCCAGAAAAGCUCCAAGAAUGGAGAACAAAGCGAGACAAGUAACUCUCAAGAAAAGACUUUGAAGAAACCUGACAAAAUACUUCCAUGUCCUAGAUGUAAUAGCAUGGAUACCAAGUUCUGUUAUUACAACAACUACAACGUUAACCAGCCACGUCAUUUCUGCAAGAACUGUCAGAGAUACUGGACUGCUGGAGGAACCAUGAGAAAUGUCCCUGUCGGAGCUGGUCGUCGCAAGAACAAAAGCUCUUCUUCUGCUGCUGCUGCUGCACAUUACCGUCAAAUAAUGGUAUCGGAAGCUCUCCGAACCAGCACCUCUGUCCUUAAUUUUGGCUCAGAUUCUCCUCUUUGUGAAUCUGUGGCUUCUGUACUGAACCUUUCAGACAAAACACAGAACAAUAUUCGAAAUGGGUAUCACAGACCUGAACAAAGUAUCCUCAUUUCUUGUGGAGGAGGAGCAAGCGAUAAUGGUGAUGAUCGAGCAAGUGGAUCUUCUGUCACAGUUUCGAAUUCAUCGGAGAAGAAAGGAAACUGUGGCUUUACUCCUGAACCUCAAGUUCCAAGCUUUGCAGGGCCUCCUUGGUCUUAUCCAUGGAGCUCUCCAAUGGCUCCGCCGACUUUUUGCCCUUCUGGGUUUCCAGUUUCAUUUUAUCCGGCACCGGCAUACUGGGGUUGCAGUGUUCCGACUCCUUGGAAUGUAGCACCAUGUCUCUCGCCACAAUCACUAUCUUUGAAUCAUCACUGUUUUACUUCUGCACUAGGUAAACACACAAGGGAAGGCAAAAUCUUAAAUCCUACACAUUCAGAAUCUCCCUCAGAAAGCAGUGUUUUGAUCCCAAAAACUCUCAGAAUUGAUGAUCCUAGCGAAGCUGCAAAAUCCUCUAUAUGGGCAACACUUGGGAUUAAGAGCAGUGACAAAACAAAUUUGAAUGGAGGAAGAUCACUCUUCAAAGGUUUUGAAUCUAAAAAUGAAGACAGAAACUACAGAGCUGAAACUUCUCCACUGUUGCAUGCCAACCCAGCUGCCUUGUCUCGAUCUCUCAAAUUCCAAGAGAGCACCUAAAGCUAAAAUGAGUCAUCUGUCAAUAGCUUCCAUAGCUACCUUUUAAAUCUUCAUCUGUAGCAUUAUGAACAUGCAACAGGUGUUUUCAAUUUCUUGUACAUAUAAUAUAUUAUAGAUAUAUAUAUAUAUCUCAAAGUGUGAGACAUGUAUUACAGAUUCAGACAACAUAGAAUCUUUUGAUUUUAUAAUGUUGCAGAAUAAACUGUCAAAAGCUUCUUCACUCUAUCAACAAACCUGCAUGAACUGCAUCUUUCUGCAGAAUCUUACCCUGAUAAAAAAGCUGCAUUUCAUGGACCCUUUUCAAUUCUAAGAAGAUCAGAAUAAUUCCUCCAAGCUAUACAUAUACACAUACCAUCUGAUAUAUCAUACUUCAAUCAUACAGGAUUGAACAGCCUUGCAUCAGAUGAAGGAAUACAGUUGCAUGUAUCUGAUCCUACCCAUGUGUGUAAUCUUGUUAGAUGCCAGGGAGCAGAUACAAGAGAUUUGCAGGUUGUGUGAUGGUAGAGAAGUAAAAAAGCAAUGAUCACAGAGCUUACUAUUAAUCGGGUGCUCAAAAAUUAUCUACUAAGCCAAGCUAACAGAGAAGAGCCAGGGUGGGAAGUACACAAGGAGAUGAGAGCAGAUUCAAAAGAGAUGGAGAAAAGUUUCUUGCAGGCCCACACUACUCUUCAACAGAUAAACUUGAAUAUAAAUAAAUAAAAUAUUUAUAUAAAUGUCACAUAACAACCCACAGAGAAACCAAACAACAACACCAAAAGGUGGAAAGGAAAAAGUUUUCUUUCUCAUGCAUCUUUUUGCCUUCUUUUUACGCUUUCUCUUCAAUUUUUUUU